GUUUUCCCUGCUCCAGUACUCUCCUGUGUCCACGCCCCACUUCCUUCAGCCAUCUUGUAGUCUCUUUUUCUUUCUCUCUAUAAAAGCAAUCCCACCAAAGCCUUCUACUGUUCCCUCUCUCUGACUCCCUUUUCUUUUGACCCUUUCCAUGGCCGAUCCUUUCUCCAAUUUCUUCUCCCCGUCUCCUUCUUCUUCUUCUGGAUUUUUUCAAUUCAAUCCCCUCCCUUACUAUUACCCUCCUCCUCCUCCUGACCCUUCUCCUCUGGCACACCACCACCACCACCAUCAUCCCUAUCUCCACAACUUCAUCGCUUCUUCUUCUUCCUCAUCACCUCCUACUUCCCCACCUCCCAGAGAGGCCCUCCCUCUUCUCAACCUCGACCCCAGUAAGCAUCAACCACGUCACGAAGAACACGAGCCUCGUCAUCACCAGUCUUGCAGUACUUCCAUGGAACUGGAGGACGCUGCUCCUAAUAAGCCUAAAGAAGAAGAUGAGGAGGACGAGGACGAGGAAGAGGAUGACAACAGUGUGACUGUUGCACUCCACAUAGGGCUGCCUAGCCCUAGCGCUGCCGAGAUGGCCUCUAUCCUCUCUUCCUCCUCCACUCACGCUCGUGAAGCAGCAGCAGCAGACGGUGACGCUGAUCUAGCAGAUAAUUCUUCCUCUGGACUCCCCAGGAUCAACAAGGGCCAGUACUGGAUCCCUACUCCUACUCAGAUUCUCAUUGGUCCUACCCAGUUCUCUUGCCCUGUUUGCUCCAAGACCUUCAACCGCUACAACAACAUGCAGAUGCAUAUGUGGGGGCAUGGAUCACAGUACAGAAAAGGGCCAGAAUCUCUGAGAGGUACCCAACCGACGGGCAUGCUGAGGCUUCCUUGCUAUUGUUGUGCCCCAGGGUGCAGGAACAACAUUGACCACCCUAGGGCUAAGCCCCUUAAGGAUUUUAGAACCCUUCAAACACACUACAAGAGGAAGCAUGGGAUUAAGCCCUUCAUGUGCAGAAAAUGUGGCAAGGCUUUCGCUGUGAGAGGGGAUUGGAGAACCCAUGAGAAGAACUGUGGGAAGCUCUGGUAUUGUAUUUGUGGCUCUGACUUCAAGCACAAGAGGUCACUUAAAGAUCAUAUCAAGGCUUUUGGGAGUGGUCAUGCUGCUUACGGCAUCGAUGGCUUCGAAGAAGAAGACGAGCCUGCGUCCGAAGUAGAGCAGGAUAACGAAUCCACCCAGUAAAACAUGUGGCCGACCGAUUCGUGAUUUUACUUAUGUAUGUGAAUUAUCUUAGUACCUUUUCCAAGGAUCAGUGGCAUUGAUAUAGCGAUCAUGGCUUCGUAUUGAGAACAAUAUAUGAUCAAGUACGUCAAGUUUAAAUGGAAAGCCAGCUUUUUUUGUCUUCCCCCCGUUGAA